CUCCGUCAUAUCAGGCUGGUGACCACAUCAGCCGGGCGGCUCAGAGACUGCUGGCUCACCCAUCGAUAGCCGACUCGGUCCAUUGACAGUUUACACGUUUUAAAGACUACUGUGUUAUUCUCUCGUGGUUUGCUGGUGCCGUUUUUGCCUCCCGCUGACAAUGGCUGACCCGAAAUACGCAAACUUGCCAGGAAUUGCCUUUAACGAACCGGACGUGUACGAGACCGGUGACCUUCCAGAAGAUGACCAGGCUCAGUUUGAGUCGUUUGUACAAGAGCUGGAGGAGCUUUGCAGCGACAGUGUGGAGAGGAUUGUGGUCAACCCCAAUGCAGCCUAUGACAAGUUCAAAGACAAGCACGUCAGCACCAAGGGACUUGACUUCUCCGACAGAAUCAGUAGAAGCAGAAGAGUGGGCUAUGAGUCAGGAGAAUUUGAAAUUCUGGGAGAGGGCUGCGGAGUGAAGGAGACGCCCCAGCAGAAGUAUCAGCGUCUGGUGAAUGAGAUCCAGGAGCUCACUCAGGAGGUGGACGCCAUCCAGGAGGCUACAAAGGAGAGUAACGCAGAGGAGCGCCUCACCCCUGUGGUUCUCGCCCAACAUGCAGCCCAGCUCAAACAGCAGCUGGUGUCUGCGCAUCUCGACUCUCUGCUGGGACCACAGGCACACAUCAACCUGGCUGACCCAGACGGUGCUCUGGCCAGGCGUCUCCUCACCCAGCUUGAAGCAGCUAAGGGCAGCCGUGGCAGUGCUGCAGGAGACAGCAAACCAACGGCAUCAGCUAAAGCCCCAGACGGAGUGGUACUCUACGAGCUACACAGCAGACCAGAGCAGGAAAAAUUCAAUGACGCUGCGAAGAUGGCAGAAUUGGAGAAGCGUCUAGCUGAGCUGGAGAUUGCUGUUGGCUCGGGAUCAGACAAGCAGGGACCUCUGAGUGCUGGCGCACAAGGAGCUAGUUUAAUGGACACUAUAGAGCUCCUGCAGGCGAGGGUCAGCGCCCUGGAUUCGGCUACUCUGGAUCAAGUGGAGGCGAGACUGCAGAGUGUACUGGGGAAGAUGAAUGAGAUUGCCAAACACAAGGCAGCGAUUGAGGACGCUGAAACACAAAACAAGGUGACGCAGCUGUAUGACGUGGUGCAGAAGUGGGACGCAGUCUCCACUUCUAUACCUCAGGUGGUGCAGCGGCUUGUCGCCGUCAAGGAGCUGCAUGAGCAAGCCAUGCAGUUUGGCCAACUGCUGACCCAUCUGGACACCACUCAGCAGAUGGUCAACAACUCUUUGAAAGACAACAACACCCUGCUAACACAGGUGCAGCAGACCAUGAAGGAAAAUCUGGUGGCUAUAGAAGAGAACUUUGCUGCUCUAGAUCAGAGGAUGAAGAAGCUUUCUAAAUAAACGGUGGCAGUGUUUGGACCGGUCCAGGAGAGAAGAACAUGGACAAUUAAGAGUUGGCGAGAGAGCACAGAUGAAGGGGAUUAGGGGUUUCACGCUGUCCUUUCUGGCCAUCCUUCUCUUGCUCUCUACUUCCGCCUCUGCCUUUUUUUCACGAGUGGGAUGUCAUAAAGUUGGAUAAGAUGGAAUAGCAGCAACAACAACAAAAAAAGAGACCAAAUGUUCUUGUCCACCCUCCGUUCAGCUUCCUUUCUCUUGCAGCAAACAGAUCAACUGAAAACACAUCUGUCCUCUCUAUACAUGCCGCUGAUUGAAGCCCCUCUUUAGCUUAUCGUUAGUUUUAGAUUGGAUUGUUUUUAUAAUUAUUAGUAUUAAACAUAAGGAAUUUACACUAUUGCAGGAUUUGUACUGUAAACUUUGCUCAAAUGCAAUGGAUCACAGUGAAGUUAGAAGGCUGUACGACAUGUUAAAGAUGUGUAAAAAAAAAAUGAAUAAAUUAAGAUCUAUUGUCCUGUAUCGUUGUAGCAGGAGCAUGUUUGGGUGUCAGGGUUAUGUCACAGAAGGAAAGCUUGUAAAUACGCCUGUUAUUGUUUCUUCACGCUCAGUCGCUUGUAACUAUAUUAUUAUGACUGAGACCAGAUGCCACAAACAAACUUUUAAUCUGCUUUGUCAUUGCCUACAAGUCCACUGUAUUACUGUUCAUCUGUGGUCAUGGAAACUGAUCAAUAAAACAAAGUGCGAUA